AUGAAGGUAAUUUUUCUUGGACCUCCAGGCUGCGGGAAGGGGACGCAGAGCCCCUUUGUCGCCAAGCGUUACGACAUUUGCCAUCUUUCAACAGGUGACAUGUUGCGUGAGGCCGUGGAAAAAAAGACAGAGUACGGAUUAAAGGCCAAAUCUGUCAUGGAUGUCGGUGGUCUCGUCUCGGACGAUAUCGUCUUCGGCAUAGUAAAAGAGAGCAUUAAGCAACCUCGCUGCAAAAACGGUUACCUCCUCGAUGGCUACCCCCGUACGUUGCGGCAGGCGGAGAUGAUGGAAGAGGCGGGUGAAAAGGUAAACAAAGUUAUUCAUUUUGAUGCCCCUGAUGACGUCAUAAUUUCGCGCGUUAGUGGUCGCUGGCUUCAUCGCGCCAGUGGCCGCAUAUACCAUGAGGUGUUUUGCCCCCCAAAGGUGCGCGGUUUGGAUGACGUAACCUCUGAACCACUCAUACAGCGUCCUGACGACCGCAAGGAGGUGGUUGAGAAGCGGCUCGUUGGGUACCACCGCCAGACCAAACCACUGAUUGAUUAUUAUCGAGCCAGAGGUGUUCUUGCAACCCUGGACGCGACACAGUCUGUAAACGUUGUGCGUGAAUCUCUCAGACGCGUACUUGACCCUGUUGCACGACUGAUCGGUGCAAAGAUACAUGGGAAUUAA